AUGUCCGCCGCUUCAACCUCCUGCCCAGCCAGCUUUGUUGCCCAUAGGGGACUAAAAAGAAAGGCAGAUGAGGAGCUUUUGGAAGGCAUCAAGAAGAGAAGAUUCGAAUAUCUUCAAGAGAUCGAAGAGGAGAAAAGGAAACUCGAGGAACUGGCCGUGAUAAUGGAGGAGGAUGAGGAAGAAGAAGAAUGGGAGAUCCCCGAUUUUACACGAUCACUGUGUAAAACCUUCUAUGACCACAACUAUGAGGAUCAAGAGGAGGAAGAGAGGAGACUAGAGGCAAGUAAUUUCAAGGUUAUUUUGAGGGUCUUUGGGAUACUUUUGGAUACAUUUUGUGGAAUUUUCGAGAAACACUUUUACCAAAUUCUUAUUUUUUGGUCUUCAAAUACUUUCUAAUCAGAUUAUGAUCUUGGCCUAGCCAAUAAUUGAGUAGUCAAUAAUCCUAUUUUAACUUACUGAUAUCUUAUUUUCAGGAGCUCCUCAGAGAAAUGGCCGAGAGAAAAGAGAUGGAGAAGUUGAAACGGGAGGCCGAAGAAGACGCAGACUACUACAGUAGUCUCUAUGAAGAACUGUUUGGGGAUGACGAUGAGGAAGAUGGCCAAGAACUGGAGAUGGCUGAGGAUGAAUGGGCGGUAGAUUUGGUCGAAGAAGAGUUUGAAGAAGAAAAAGAAGAAGAACAUGAGGUGGAGGAAGAAGAUGUGGAUGAGGAUUUUAUAGAAGAGCAGUUCGCGGAAGAACAAGAAGGUCAGUGGAUGGAAGAAGAAGAACUGGAAGAGCGCUAUGAAGAAGAGGACGAAGAAGAUCAAGAAAUCGAUAUUAUGAAUUAA